AUGCUCCACUACCUCCUACUCCUCUCCACCCUCGCCGUCCUUGUCUCAACUGAAAACUCCGACUGUUUUCUAUCCAGAGAGACGGGAAACUCGGGAUGCGGUGAGCAGGGAGCCCGCUCGUUCUAUUUCCAUAAGAAUACACGGACAUGUCAGCCGUUCUUCUAUCAGGGCUGCGACGGCAACGGCAACCGAUUCCCGUCGAAGGAGGCUUGCGAAGGAGCGUGUCGGAAUGCCACGGCUUCCGAUGACCUGGACUACAAAGUGUGCGCGUCAGGAGCCUAUCCAGCUGGAGCCACUUCCGGUCAACAAGUCGCCACUACCAAUUGUCCACACGGAUAUGAGGUUCAGGAGGGACAGUGCUGUCCAACUAAAGAACACACCUGUAGUCUUCAAUACGACGCGGGAAAGUUCGGAUCGAGUGGAAAACAUACGCCAAGAUAUUUCUUUUCGAAGAACUACAAGAACUGCAUGUUGUUCACUUUCUAUGGACGUGAUGGAAACGCCAACAACUUUGCCACCUAUAACGAGUGCAAGAACUUCUGCAUGUGA